AUGUCGUUCGGUGGUGGAAGUGGGUUCUCAUUUGGAUCGUCGAGCAAUAAACCCACAUUUUCGUUUGGAACACAAAACCAGAGCCAAGGCUCAGCACCUGCUGCUACCAAUACCACCCCGGCACCGGGCGCCGCUUUUGGCGGCACGUCUACGACCGAGUCCAAGCCACCAGCCUUUUCAUUUGGCGGAUCUACGACACCUGCAGCACAACCUCCAGCGAAUCUUUUCGGCUCAAAACCAGCAGCCACUGGCUCCAGUGGCCUGUUUGGUCAGGGAAACCCGGGGAGCCAGGGCGCUACAACGACACCUACACAGGCACCAGCUACAGGGGGGUUGUUUGGUGCAGCGAAACCAGCAGCAGCCACUGGCUUUUCAUUUGGUAAGCCCGCGGAGAAUGCAGAGGCGCCCAAGACGGGCGGCUUCUCCUUUGGCAAGCCUGCUGAGGCACCCAAGCCAAGUGGCUUUUCCUUUGGCAAGCCUGCCGAGAGCACCGAGGCACCCAAGGCAGGUGGCUUCUCCUUUGGAAAGCCCGCUGAAAACACCGAAGCGCCCAAGCCAAGUGGCUUUUCCUUUGGUAAACCUGCCGAGAGCACCGAGGCGCCCAAGACAGGUGGUUUUUCUUUCGGCAAGCCCGCCGAGAAUGCAGAGGCGCCCAAGGCGGGCGGUUUUUCGUUCGGUAAGCCUGCAGAGGCGCCCAAAGAAGCGCCUAAGCCAAGUGGUUUCUCCUUUGGCAAGCCUGCCGAGAGCACCGAGGCGCCCAAGGCCGGAGGCUUCUCCUUUGGAAAGCCCGCUGAAAACACAGAAGCACCCAAGACGGGCGGUUUUUCGUUCGGCAAGCCUGCUGAGGCGCCCAAAGAAGCGCCCAAGCCGAGUGGUUUCUCCUUUGGCAAGCCUGCCGAGAAUGCAGAGGCCCCCAAGGCAGGUGGUUUCUCUUUUGGUAAGCCCGCGGAAAACACAGAAGCACCCAAGACAGGUGGCCUUUCGUUUGGCAAGCCUGCAGAGGCGCCCAAGGAAGCACCCAAGCCAGGCGGCUUCUCCUUUGGCAAGCCCGCUGAGAAAAAGGAUGAGCCCGCUACAGAGGCAAAACCUGCUGAAGCGGGAAAUUUGUUCAGCAAGCCGCCGGCAUCUACCUCUGGAACACAGACAGAUACCAAGCCUACUAAUGUCGCUGUGUCUGCACCGUCCUUGUUGCGUGGUAAGAGCAUGGAGGACAUUGUAAAAAUGUGGCAAGGUGAAUUGGAUGCAUCGAUCAAAGAGUUUAGCCAGCAGGCUGGCGAAGUCGCUGCCUAUGAUCGCGUCCUCCUCAAAGGCGGUGAUGAAAUCAGCCGGCUUGUGGCGCAGAUUGCCCAGGCGGAAGAGCGGCAAUCUGGUAUCGAUCAGACGUUGGACUAUGUCGAGCAGCAGCAGACAGAACUGAAUGCGUUGCUAGACACGUAUGAGAGUCAGCGUUCAGAGCUGCUGCAGGCAAGUGGUGCCCACGGACGCAUGGAUAUGGGUGUUGCUGAUGUUGAGCGCGAAAAGGCGUAUGCUCUUGCUGAGAACUUAAAUACGCAGCUGGACGACAUGUCCCGCAACCUCGUGUCCAUGAUCGAUGAGGUGAAUCAAAUGUCGGCACCCACGACGAAUGGACGUCGGGCUGUGCGUGACGCUACUGAUGCUUCAUCCGAAGCACUUGGAUCUUUACAGGUAUCGCGCGAUGUGCCAGGCUACGAGGACCCGAUCACACAGAUCUCUGCGAUUUUGAACGCGCAUUUCAGCAGCCUCAAGUGGAUUGAUGAGCACACCUCGUCACUGCGUGAUCGAUUGGAAGCGUUGCGGCGCGGCCAAACAGACAAGGCUCAUGCAGCGAAUGACACGCUGCGUUUGAGUGUAGGUCCCGAUGCACCGCGCAGCUCGACACCGAGCCGAACACUCCUGGACCACCGUGGCAGCCCCGCCACGUUUCGUAGCAGCACGAGUGCUCGGUACCUAGGCGCAUGA